UUCGAUCCUUGUUGUAUUUAUAAGAUUUAUUUGUGGUAGUCAUAUUGGUGGUAUUCAGACUUCAGUACUAGUCAUAUUUAUGAUAUCUAUGUAGUAUUUAUCUGCAUUGAACCGUCUUCUUUGGAUUUGAAUGCAGACAAGUAGCACUCAAGGUAAAAAAAGUCGAGAAGCGAAUACAACCAUUCAUUGUACGGGGUCAAAACCUUUUGCCCGCUAUAAAGAGGAAAUGUGUGAUCCAGAAACAGGUGAAGUUGUUGGACAAAUUGAAUUCUACAAGUUAACCCACUGCAAUAUUGAUGUUUGGACCUGUCAUACGGCGGAGGAAAACUAUGGUAAAAUGCUUGAACUCCGAGCUGCGCCUACACCUGAAGGUUCAACACCCUUGACCGAUGCUCAAAUAUGUGAGGAAGUGCUAGGUGUCAGAUCCGGUUAUGUCAAGGGUCUUGGUCAUGGGUAUGAAAAACCUAGCUCGUCUAGCAUCGAAUAUAAUGCGGAGUUAGGCGAAGCUCUUAGGAGGGCAGAUGAAGCAGAGAAGAGAAAUAAGGAACUUGAAGAAAGAGUUGAUGAGCAAAAUCGCAUAAUACAGGGGCUGGUAACUGACACAAUGGAUAUCGUUUCUUUUCUUCAGUUUAGAAUGUUAAGUUUCUUAAUUAGUGGUGUCAUUUAAUGAACAAUGUAGAUCUUUUCUAUUAAUGAUUUGCUUCGAAAAAA